AGGGGGGUCAAUAAAUUAGCUAACCAAUCGGGUAGCUUUUUCACGUGAUCUCCCUUUCCCCUCUACUAUACUACAUAAAAUGGAACCUCCAGACGUUUGAAGGAGUCCUCUUCAUUUACACCUUCAUGCUGUCUCUCGUGGUUGGGCAAACUGGAAAGCACGGUCACAGCCAUGGCCGAGGACGGCUGGCCUCUUGGCCUUGGGGCUUUGAAUGCACGAGCUGGACUGCUCGGAGCUGCCAAUCGAUCUGGUUCAUCAGCCUCCUUCGCCACCAACUUCACCUCUUCUCACAGCGCUUCUUCAUUGCCCUCGACUGAUUUCGACACCGAGUCGGCCUGGUCCUUGCCGCGCACCAGAGGCGGCGUGACGCUGGCAAGCCUCAUCGGCCUCGUGGACGCCAUGGAGAGCCGGCGCCGCCCGAGCGCGAGGGCGGCCAGGAGCGGCAAGCUCAGGGUCAGGGCCCUGCUGCUCUCGCUCUGCCUCCGGAGCCACCUGGAGAACGGCAGCGGGGCGCCGUCGCUUGGCCAAUUCCUCGAGAUGGAGAGGAGAGCUAGUGGUGGUAGCAGUCAUGUCCAUGGAAUCUAAGCGCCUAUUUGGAUUGGACCUCAAAAGUCAAAACGCUGCCUAGCAAUCUCAUGUUUGAUGGAACGAGACUGGAUAGUGUUGUUUGGCCCAGGUAAGCUAGACCAACAAGCAAUGAAACAAGUCAUAAAGUUGCUCCAUACAUGUGUCCAAACAUUCGAUGUGAUGGACAGUAAAGUUUACCGGAGGAAACCAAACACCUCCUAACUUUUUGCCGUCUAAUUCACAAGCUAUAUGUACACAA